UUUGUUUUGGAAAGAAACUUCACAGAAAUUCAUCAGGUCAUGUUGCUGUUCCUGGUGCUGGCGUUGUCCUCACUGGUCCACUCGGCUCCUGUCGUGACCUCGUCCCUGCCACUGGACUGUGACAAUAUUUACAACCUAAAGAUAAGCUCUAAGAAGAAUGUGUCUGUUCCCAGUGGUGUGUACACCAUUUACCCAGCAGGACCCCAUAAACCUGUGAAGGUGUACUGUGAUAUGGGGUGCGAAGAAAGCGAUGGACAUGAUAAUGGGAGAUGGACGGUAAUUCAGAGGAGAAUCGACGGCAGUGUGAAUUUCUACCGGACAUGGGAGACGUAUAAGAAUGGAUUUGGUAAUAUCAGUGGUGAAUACUGGCUAGGUUUGGAGAACAUCUUCAUGCUGACCAACAGCGAGAAAUAUCUGCUGAGAGUGGACAUGGAGGAUUUUGAGAAAGGCAGCGCCUACGCCCAGUACACUUUGUUCUACAUCAACCCUGAAUCUGAUAAUUACAAGCUGAACGUUGGAGGUUACAUCGAUGGAGGAGCAGGUGAUGCUUUGGCCUAUGUGAAUGGUAUGGCUUUUUCAACCUUUGACAAAGAUGUAGCAGGAAGCUGUGCAGAAACUAACUUGGGAGGAUUCUGGUUCUACAGGUACUGGUCAUGUGGUCUUGGCCUCCCCAAUGGCUUGUACAGAUAUGGGACUGUGAACACAGCAUAUGCAGGCAUCAUGUGGCAGCCCUGGAAAGGGUACUACUACUCUUUGAAGACUAUUACGAUGAAGAUCAGACGGAUGACAUUGCAAGAUCUUCAAAAUCUCUAGCUUUACUUAAGGAGUAGAAUACAGAGGAAGAAGUCUAAUAUCUCUGAUUUCUUUGAUUGGUGCUCGAGACAGAUUUAGAGCAAAAAGGCAAGACUGCUUACUAAUUAAUCCUGAUCUUCAAUCUUGGGGUUUUUCAUGCAUUGUAUCUCCCUUGAGACAUCUUUUAUAUUAACUGUAUUAUUUCCAUUUUUAGGAGAAUUUUUUUUUUUCUGGUACACACGUACAAUAUGUUAAUUAAAUGAUUUUUGUUUUUAUUAAAAUCACUUUCCAAAGUUUGCCCUUGUAUACUGCUUAUAGGAAAUUAAACUCCAAUAAAUAAUGAAAUAAACUUUAAAGGAAAGAAAGUCUUCACUUAAUUUCUUAUUUUUGUAACAACACACCUUUACUUAUAUACUAAAUUAUCAAUUAUAGUCAGAAAUACAUUAGAUUCAAAAUGAAAUACAAAAAUCAUUUUAACGUGUUAAUGAAGACUUUAGAAAUGAAUAUGAUGCACUCACAAUGAGUAAUGUGCUGCAGCCAGACUAAAUUCUGGGUCCUUUUUCCUGCUUAAUAUCCAUAAAUAUAACAUGUGCUUAACUGAUUAUGCAGAUGUCACACAGCUGUACAUACUGUUCCCUAUGUUUAUAUGAUAAAUAAAAGUUGUGAAUUCGCCCUACAUAUGCUCACUGCGCAUGCAAAGGUUUCUGUAUCUUCCUUUAAUUUUGCAGGACGCCCAUAAAUCCAUGCUGCUACUAGUGGGAUCUUAGCAGUUAGUGUACAAUUUUGUGGUGAAUAAAGAAUGUUUUUUUUUUUCAUGUUUGUGUGAUUAUAUGGUAACUUUAAUUGUACAUAUGUUACUUUAACAAUCUAUGAAUAUAUAAGUUUAUUUCAGUACAGAAUUAAUCGCCAACACACGUGUGAUGUGGGUGUUUCGCUGGCAAAAGAACAGCUUCAUACUGCGGUGUCUUCUCUAUCUGCCAAAACAGACACACACUUCAGCAUACUGUGUGU